GUCCCUCCUAUGGGACACCUAACCAUUGCCUUUUGACCAUCUUCUUGUGUCAUCCCUUCCCACGGAUUUUGAUCCAUCCAUCAAUUCAACGCCGCAAUGUCUAUGACUGAUUUGCUCUGUGCUGCUGACAUCAAAAAGGCUGUUGGGGCCUUUGCAGCUGUUGACUCAUUUAACCACAAGAAAUUCUUUGAGUUAGUGGGUCUGAAGGGCAAAACUACAGAAGAAGUGAAAAAGAUUUUCCACAUUCUGGACCAAGAUCGGAGUGGAUUCAUAGAGCUGGAUGAACUAAAGCUCGUAUUGAAAGGCUUCACCUCAGAAGGCCGAGCUCUGUCUGACAAUGAAACCAAGAUCUUCCUCGCUGCCGGUGACAAAGAUGGAGAUGGCAAAAUCGGUGUGGAUGAGUUCACAGCCCUGGUGGCUGAAUGCUAAGUCAAUCGAGCUUUGGGUCCCGACUGCGCAUAUCACCUCCCUCCUUGGACACCAAUCUAUUUAUUGCUCCCAUUUUAUACUACACCUCUGGUCCCUGCCUCCUAGAUCUCCAUGCUGGAAAUAAUCAUAUUACAGCUCAAUAAAUGGCAAAUACACCUGGGAAACAAA